GCACAUAUGUCUUCUUCCUCAAUGUGUUUGUUUUAGCUGUCUUGCUGCUGCUAAGAUUAGUCAACACAAAAUGGAAAUGACAGGGCUAGCAGUUAGUGUUAUAGUUCUUCUUUUUGCCACAGUAACGUGCACAGAGUCGCCGCCAAGGCAACUGAAUACGGAAAACAUCCUGAUUAACGUGACAGCAGGGACAUUGGCGGACACACAGUUACAGGAUUCGAACAACUUGCAGAUCAAUUUAAACAUAUCGGUGGGAGAAGAGCAGGUGCUGGUCAAUGACAUCCCAGUAGAGCUGUCAGGGGUCACCAGGUUCAACUGUCAAGCACUUCUGUUAGACCGCAUCAAUGGAAGCAGUGACUUUGAAUCUGGGGACUUGGUGUCUACUGUCACCCGGGUGAUGGUUAGCCAGAACCGGCUCUACAGCGACUCAGAGGAGGUGGUGGCCUUGCAGGUGUUCAGUGAAGUAAUAGAGAUGGAGGGCAAAGAGGUCCAGCAGCCCGACAUGUGUGAGGUGAAAAUACUCAUGAGCCCAGAUUUCCAGAAGCUGGCUCAGUUUACCAACAUCUACCCCAUUGGACACAGUGAGAUCUUCAGGGUUCCCAGGGAGAACGAUGUGGUUGUCACAGAUCCACCAAAUCCCACAAAAGAUGAAGAACAGCUGAUCUCCCAUACUACUAGCCAGUACCCCCUGAAGCACACAGAGACCACCCAGGAGGAGAUUGCAGCCCCUGGAAAGCUCCCGGAGACUCCGCUGCGUAUGGACCCCGACCUGCUGUAUGAUGUCAGAUAUGAUGACGAAUUUGAUGACAGAGAACCAAGCCAGCCGGAUCGGAUUCAGAUGGAAUCACCGCCCAAAGAACUGAUAUCGUCUUACUCUGCCAUGUGUCAGUGGGUGGAGGAAGUGAGGGAGCGUCUGAAGCGCUUCAGCUCCGAGUCACUGCCUCUUUUCUUCCUGGUCAUGUGGGUGGUGGUGAUCGGCGUUGUCGGAUCAGCGAUCAUCGUCAAGAUCUUGGACAUGUUUUUCCCAACUUGUGAACACAAGCACAUUUUUCACCUAAACCCUGUCACUCUAAUGCCGGAGGAGGAGAAGCACACUCUGCUGGAGAACAUAGAAAUAGAAGCAGAGGAAGAAGAGAAGAAGCCUUGAAUGAGAAGUGACUUGGUCAGCUCCUUUUUAUUUUCAAUUUGUUCUUAUUUGUUCUUUAGCCUUGGUUAUUGUGUUACGUUUUCAGCAUGGCUUGAUUUUGUUGCUAGCUUUUAUUCAGAAGAGUGAACCACUAGGUUUUGUUUUCACUUGAAAGUACCCUUUAAGCACAUUAGCCAUGGAACAGGAGGUGCUUUAAAUCUAACAAACUGACUAAACUCAGUUUGUAGGUUUAUUGCUAGUCCAUGUGAAUCCCGCAAAUUAAGUCACAUGAUCAGAAUGGAAAAGAAAAUGUCAGGAACCGACAGCUCUUUCCUGUUGGACUGAUGGUAAGCUUGCAGUGUGUUUACCAGCAUCCGUGCAAUCAUCGUGAUUGGUCAGAUUAUUAGUUAGUUUAUGGAAAGCAACUUUUAUUAAGUCACGAAUGACUUUGUCACACUGCCUUUUAAAGUAACUAGCUUGGUAACGAGUUACUUUUUACUAGAAAAUACCUACAAAUCAAGUAAUUUUGCUUCACACACUUCCAAAACAUGUCAUAGCAAGGUGACAUAUUCCUAUAUUUACUAAACAUGCUUAUUUGCUUUCUUGCUGAGAGUUGUUAAGCUUGAAUGUUAAGCUCUGGCCAGCAGCCGUUUAGCUUAGUGCAGCCACUAAAUGGACUUGGUGGAAUUGGUUUUGUUUUCUUUUUAUGAAGACCUAGCAACACAUAUUACAAUAGACACAAGCUUGGGAAAGCAGCUGUAAGCACUGCAGGGUUGAAAAUGAAUAUGAACAAACUGAGCAUUUUAGGGGCUGCAUCCAACAAUUUAUGUUCACUGAAAGAACUUUCUAUAUGUAGCAGUUCUGUAGGCCUAUAGCUCACACUUUUUUUUCUCUUUUUUUCAGAAAUCUACCCCACUAUUGUAAAACAAAAUAUAUAUAUAUUGAAGAAAACUCUAAGGCAGCAAAUGCACUGAGUUUAUUCAGUAUAUUUAUUUAAUAUGAGACAGGCAAUGUCUCCUGUCUGUUGUCCUUUACGUGAAGAUGAAUUCUUAAGGUGAUUACAUUUGAAUCGUUGUUGAAUAGCUGUUAUGGAUAGCUCAGAUGAAUUAAGUAAAAACAAAAAACAAAAAACAUGUAGAUCACUGUGUCUGGAUAAAAUGUUAUUACAAAUCUUGUGUCUGCACAUUCAGUGAAAAAUGUUUUCCUCCCACAACUCUAAAUAUGACAGAAAAACACCUCUCUUCAAGGCCUGCUGCCCACAGUUGAGGCUCAUAUCGAUUGUCUUUCUUCACAGUGCCUCGGUCAGUAUUUCUUGGACACUUAUCACUAAGGGGGGGGGGGGUUAUAAUAGUUUUCUUUGUUUGUGUGUGGUUUCCUGUUACUAACAAUGAAGAAUGUAAGUGAGGUUGUUCAGAUUGUCUAUGCACUCUAAACAUAAGAAAAACUACUGCUAUGACAUGGCUGUAAAAUACAGUGUGUGCACAAGACAUGACCACAAAUUCAGUGUGUAAAUUGUCACUUAAGUAAAGAAUCUGCACUUAUUAUUGAAUUUUGGAAUGAAAACUGGACAUGAACGUGCAUGGAUGUUACUUUAUUCAUACUGUAUUUUGUGGUAAAUCUUGUCAUGAUUUAAAGGCAAGAAUGACAUAAACCUCCCAAGUAUCACUCCCAAUGUUUCACUAGGCCGUGUGUGAGGGACCAAAAAAGGUGUGCACAAGGCAGGUUAUUGGUCAAAAAAGUGGGUUUAGUUCAUCUAAAACUCAGCAAGUGCAAGUGUUUCAACAUGGUUUUGUGUUAUUUUAAACAUGUGUUUGCCAUGCUUUUUAAAAAACACCCUUAAAACAUCAGAUUGUGUACCUCAGCCGAGGCUAUGGUUUUGUCUCCCGGGGCUCAAUUAAACAGCUGAAUGCAUGAUGUACUGUGAUAGCAAAAGGUGCAUGUGUAGUCUAGCUAGUGAAUGCAGUUUGCUGUCCUGUCAGCGAAUUAUACUGUACAUUAAAACUAGAAAGCUGCAUGAUGACUCAAAACAGCUCAACCAGCAUUGGGAUCAACCUCAAAUUCCAAAAUGAUGAACUCAAUAUGAAUGAGCCUGUAAGGCAAACAAUGUCAGGCAUGAAUUGACAUGUGUGGCUGAAGAAUAAUUUAAUUUGCUCUUUGUUUAAGUGGAGACAGACCCAUGUGUUACUAUUUUGAGACAUUUGUGUGCAUACAUUGUAUGAGUUACAGCUGGACUGUGUAUUUGGGUCUAAAAUCCUGCUGAUUAAAUGCUUUCCUUAUGACCAUCAA